CUGGGAUGAGGCUCCUGCUGCUGCUGCUGCUGCUGCUGCCCCCGGCAACCGGUGCGCGGGCGCGCAGGUGGGUGCUGGAGGGACACACCUGUGCCCCGCCCUGGCAGGCCGCGCUGUUCCGGGGGCGCCGCUUCGUCUGCGGGGGGACCCUGGUGGCGCCCAGGUGGGUCCUGACGGCCGCACACUGCCACGCCCCCGGCCCCAUCACCGUCCGCCUGGGCCGCCCCGCCCACCCGCAGGUGCGCCCAGGUGAGGCGGCGCCCAGCCCGGCGCCGGGGGCGGGGCCGGGCGAGGCCGCACCUGCGCCAGGUGAGCAGCGGCGGCUGUCGGUGCGCACCUUCCGCUUCCCCGGCUACAACGAGAGCUCCAAGGACGGCGACCUGAUGCUGCUGCGGCUGCAGGUGCCCGCGCACCUGAGCCGCCAGGUGAGCCCGCUGCCGCCGGCGCGCACCUGCGCCGCACCUGGAACGGCCUGCCAGAUCUCCGGCUGGGGCUCCACCACCAGCCCCGAAGUGACGUUCCCGCAGGCCCUGCACUGCAGCCAGGUGCGGAUCGUACCUGAGCUCACCUGCCGCCGCAUCUACCCCGACUCCAUCACCCCCAACAUGGUGUGCGCCGGGGAGCCGCGCAGCCGCGCCGACACCUGCCAGAGCCGCGCAGCCGCGCCGACACCUGCCAGAGCCGCGCAGCCGCGCCGACACCUGCCAGAGCCGCGCAGCCGCGCCGACACCUGCCAG